AUGGACAAGGGUAUGAACAGCGCCCUCGCCUUACUCAACCUCCUUAAACUCGAGCCCGCUACAGCCAAAACGCUUGCUGUGCUCGUCGUUGUCGUACCACUCACAUACAUAGCUCUUCGGAUUCGAUAUCCUUGCGUCACUUCCACCUCACUGCUCAAGACGGUACAACUUGCCAAGGAAACAUUUGACAAGUGUGUUUUGACGGAAUCGUUCAACGAAGGAGAGUACGACGGCUACAAGAAGCGUCUUCAUCGGUAA